AUGAGUUUCAUCCACAAGACAGUCCCGGCGCUGGAGGUGCUGGAUGUGAGCGGGACGGGGCUGGCGGAGCUGGGCGCGGAGCUGCUGGCCCUUCCGCGCCUCCACACGCUCCUGGCCAAGAACAACCGGCUGGGCGGGCCCGGCUCUCUGCCCAAGGGGCUGGGGCAGGCCCCGCUCGGCCGCUCCCUCCGCGUCCUCAACCUCAGCGGGAACCGCUUCGCCGAGGUGCCGCCCGCCCUGCUGGGGCUCCGCGGGCUGCAGAGCCUCAGCCUCGGCGGCAACCGCCUCCACGGCAUCCCGCCCGACAUCCAGGAGCUCCGCAGUUUAGAGUUUCUGUACCUUGGAGGAAAUUUCAUUACUUCAAUUCCACCUGAAUUAGCGAACCUGCCUUCUCUAAGCUAUUUAGUUCUGUGUGACAACAAGAUCCAGAGCAUUCCACCUCAGCUGGCACAGCUGCAUUCCCUGCGUUCCCUCAGCCUGCACAAUAACCUGCUGACUUACCUUCCUCGAGAGAUCCUUAACCUGGUUCACCUGGAAGAGCUGAGCUUGCGUGGGAACCCACUGGUGGUUCGGUUUGUCCGUGACCUGACCUACAAUCCCCCAAGCCUUCAGGAACUGGCUGGACGCACAAUUAAAACUCGCAACGUUCACUACGCUCCCAGCGAUCUCCCAGAGAAUCUUGUCCGGUAUCUGAGCUUGGCCAGCAACUGUCCCAAUCCUAAAUGUGGGGGUGUCUACUUUGACAGCUGUGUCAGACAAAUCAAGUUCGUUGACUUCUGUGGGAAGUAUCGCCUCCCGCUGAUGCACUACCUGUGCUCCCCAGAGUGCUCCUCUCCCUGCAGCUCUGCCUCCCAGAGCUCUACUUCCCAGAGUGAGUCUGACUCUGAGGACGAAGCCAGCGUCGCUGCACGCAGGAUGCAGAAAGUCCUUCUGGGAUAACAGGGAGUGAGGGGGGAAGCCGGGAAGGAAAACAUCUUUGAAAAGCGUUAAUGGAACAGCAAAGCAUGAGCCUCUGGCCCGAAGGGCUCAUGAGAAACUGUCCUCAAGUCCAUGCAAGGGGCAGAACAUCUUAGCAAGGCCUGGACUUGCUUGGUGCAGUGCUACUUAGGAGAACUCACUUGGUGGCAUGCUGCCUGUAGGGUGCCUGGGAUUGUUAGAAACAUCUCCUGCCUGGGAGACACACCCCACUCCCUCGUACAGCCUGGGGAGGGGGAUUCGUUCUCACUGGCGGAUUGAGAAGGGUUUUCAUAGAUGACACUUCACCAGACUUCAGUUACGCCUCAGAGCAGAGGAGACUGGCCAGAUCUCUUUAACACUGUGGUAAAUCAGAAACAGGCUAAUGAUGCCAUGUGAGUAUAUACGGACUCCAAUGUUUAUGUAGCAUUUUGAUUCUUUGCUGUCUCCUGUGAUUUCAGUUACAGAUUUUACACCCAUCCCCUAAAAAUGGGAGUUGGAUUCUUUAUUUGUUCAGGAGUAGAUUUUUCCAAACCCUGGUUGCUCUUCCUUUGCCUAGAGGCGUAGGGUCUCUGUAACAGAGGUCUCUGUAACAUCAUAGAACUGAGCCACCUUUUUUUUUUUUUUUCCUCUCCCUUGUUAUACUAAGAUGCUCUUAGUGUUUCCUCCUAACUGUAUUUUUUAUUUUUCCUCCCUCUGCCUCUUCCCAUUACACCUGGAGUGUUGCUGUCAUUAUGGUGCCUUCAGAAAACAGAGUUGUUGUUCUACUGAGACUUGGUAUUACUUCAGACUCACGACCGUACGUGCCUGUGCAAGGGACCAGAUGAGAUGCUCCGAAUCACGUUUUGAGUCUCAGCUUACUGGAGCAAAUCUGCUUUUAUAUCUGUGAAUUGCAGGACAGGUCUUGAUUGACAUUUCUGGUUUCUAAACAACCGUGUCCCCCUGCUGCAGCCAGCUCUGCUGUGCUUGGUACAGAGUUGCUUUCCAUCUUUAAGGUCAUCUGCUUAAAGCAGGCAGCAGCUUAAUGAAUUGGAAGUAUUGAGAGAAGUGCCGUGGAGAAUGGCUUUUCUUUUUUCUUAUUCAUAACAUGAGAGGAAAAGCCAGUAGGGAGGCUGAGGUGUGAGUAUCUUGCAUGAGGUGGUUUUGAAACCUCUUCCUUAUUUAUUUGUUUGCAUUUUCUCUGGUUAUAAUAGCUUUGGCAGUCUGUUAGAUUGUUCAAAUAACAUAUUCAGUUAUCUUAAACUGUGUUUAAAGGAAAGCUGCAGAAAAUAGCUCGGAAUUUCUUAGUAUCAAGAAAUAUCUUAUAAAAAUUAAUAUUAUGAAUUGACAGAGAUCGAUAAAUCUACUUUAUGGGGCUGUUGUGUGCUUUUGUCAGUGAGAGCUGCCCCUUUAUUAAUAUUUCAUGACAGUCCUUUUGAUGCAGUUUCAGACAGCAAAUCCAGCUGUGCCUUCGAAUGCAUAAGCAGAGCUAAUAGAUUGUGUGAAAAAGCUAAAUGAACAACUUUCCUUAACCAACUCUGGUCCAAAGGGGGAAAUAAAAAACCUGUGCUUCUCUCCUGCAUUCAGAAAACGAAUAUACCUAUUUGAAUAUCUUAUGGCAGCUCUGUGUUAAUGGUCCUGUUUAAUUAUAUUUGACACUUUAUAUAUUAAAGCACUUUGAUAAUUCUACUCUCUGUAACUAGCUUUAGUGAUUUUUUUUUUUUUUUUUUUUUUUUUGUAAUUAGACUACAAUUUUUCCUUUAAUGUGACCUGAAGAACAAGGUCUGGGAAACGUUUUACAUUCCAGUCUGUCUUGGUGUGCAGGUUGAACUUCUUGCCUUGCAUUUCCUUGACAGCACUACUCGUUUCCCCAGUUUCCUUUGGAGAGAACUGGAGUUUGAAAGAAAUGAUCUGGUUGUAAAAUAGCAUCCCAUCUGUAAUUAAUCAUUGCAGCUUAGUCUGAAGAUUCCCCACAUGCAUAGAUCCACACUGAACUAAAUUGCACACGCUGUGUGCCUUUCUAAAUAUUUUUUUAAAGUAUAUUUUUAAAGACAGAAUAAGGUAUAUGUGCAAAACAACUGGAUGUCACUUUAGCAAAUUCUGUGAGGUUUGCUUGGGCAGAAGAACCUACAGAUUUUGAGAAAAACUGAUUGCAUGCUGCUAGUUAAAUUUGGAUCAGAGUGGCCUGUGUUUUGUUCUUCAUUGCCUCUUUCAGAUGCUUCUUCCUGUCCCAAGUGAAUAUUUUCAUGCUGAGGGACAGUAAACUGGUUUUAGAGCCAUGGUUUUAAAUUGGCUGCUAGUAUAACAGCAGUGAGUGAUCUGGAGCUUGGUACUUCUGCCAGUGAAAGUGAGCCACACAAGUUGAGAUCUCAAGAUCUCUUAAGCUCAGGGCCAUGAGGUACCACCUUCCUUUCUCCUCUUUAGCAGCAGCUGUCUUGAAGUCAUGCAUUUUUUUACUUUACAAGGUUAGAUUUCACCACAGUUCCUGUUUGCACGGUAGCACCUCUGUGUGUGAUGGGUUAAGAUCAGUAGUGGCUGGUUCUAAUUUAGCAAAUGCAGUUAAGGAUCAAGCUUUCCUAACUGAACAGGCAUCCCAUUUCUGCCCCAAUUCUAAUAGGCUAAUCUCUUUUCACAGCUUCUUCAUUGUAGCCAGGUCAAAACUUGACAGCUUAUGCAGUUGAUAUCUCUAUGCAUUUUUAGACUUUAUAAAAUAUCUUGUCUCUUAAAAAUGUAUAUAUAUUCCCAAAUACAGCUACCAAGUUUUCUUUUUGCUGCUGGGCUUUAAAGUGCAAUUCAACUAAGUCAGAGUUUAAAACAAUCAUGGAUUUGUAAGGAAAGAAAAUGGUUGUUGAUUGGUUGUUGUUGUUUUUUUCCCCUCAGAGGUAGAUUUGAGAGGACUAGGAGUGCAGGUUUGUACUGUAGUGCCUAAUGUAUUGAGCCUCUGGGAGUCAAGUUUUUCAGCAAUUGUUGGGCCUGGAAGACUGGAAAAUGUACUGGGCAAUAAAAUAGGUUAAGACAAACACUGAAAAUACACUGAUGGAUGGUAGGCACUAGUUCCUACCGUCCUCUUCUCAGGGGCCCUGAGAAGCAGACAGUGGUUUUGCCAGCAUUAUAGCUCUUUUUGUCAGUUUUAAAUAGUGGAUUUCAGUUCCUACGGAUGCAUCUCAGAGUGAAGUCUUCAGUCAGUGUUUUGGUAUCAGUCCCCUUGUUGCUACAGCAGCCCAGCAUGUCCAGCUUUUGAAACUGUUCUUAAGCCGAGACACAAGCGUGUGAAGCAAAGUUGCUCAUUCCCUCUUCCCCACGGGGCCCAGGGCCCUGCCUGUAUUCAUCCUCUGCCCUGCCAUCUCUCUGCCAAGGGGAGCUGCUGGUGCGUUUCUGAAUGCAGGUGCUUAAUGUGAACAGUGGGGUCGGGUGAAAAAAGAAGCAAAAUAUCAAUUUGACUGGAAGCAACUUACACUGUUGCCAAUUCUUUUAUGUUUCUCUUCCUUUAAUAAGAGGUGAGACUUGAGGAAGUCAGUAAUGAAUAUUUAAACAUAUUCUGAAGUGGCCAGAUGCAGUUUUUCACGGGCUUCUAUCCUGGACAUUUUAAGUCUUUGAAAUCUUGUGUUGAAUUAUAAUGGGAGUGGGGAGGAGGGAGGGGAGAACCAGCUCCUUUUUGUUCCUUAUUCUUGUUGGCAAUAAUGAAUGGAAGGAAUUUAAUCCAAUGAAAGUAAUGAAACUUAA